AUGGCUGACGCACAAUUCGAUAGCGCGCUCGACCUCCUCCGGCGCCUGAAUCCGCGCGACACAAAGGCCAAUCUCCAGGCCAUCACCACCAUCGUCCCAGAUCUAACUGAAGACCUCCUCUCCUCCGUCGACCAGCCCCUGGAGAUUCGCCGCUGCCCGCAGACCAGCCGGGACUACCUGCUCUGCGACUACAACCGCGACGGCGAUAGCUACCGGUCACCAUGGAGCAAUGAGUUUGAUCCUCCCCUCGAGGAUGGAACGGUUCCUAGUGAGCGCGUGCGCAAGCUUGAGGUUGCGGCUAAUGAGGCGUUUGAUGUUUACCGGGAGCUUUAUUAUGAGGGCGGUGUUGGGAGUGUGUACUUCUGGGACUUGGACGAUGGAUUUGCGGGUGUGAUUCUGCUUAAGAAGGGGGUUACCGCUGGUUCCCAGAGCUCUGGUGAAUGGGAUAGCAUUCACGUCUUCGAGGCUACCGACCGCGCGCGCAUGUCCCACUACAAGCUUACUAGCACCGUCAUCCUCCACUUGGCUAACGAGACUGAUGCUCUCGGUGAGAUGGACCUGAGCGGUAACAUGACCCGUCAAAUCGAGGCCGAUUUGCCCGUCGAGUCGGAUGCGAGCCACAUUGCCAACGUUGGACGGUUGGUUGAGGAUAUGGAGUUGAAGAUGCGGAACUUGCUGCAGGAGGUUUACUUCGGCAAGGCCAAGGACGUUGUUGGUGAGCUGCGGAGUCUGGGAUCGCUCUCUGAGACUAACCGGGAUCGGGCUACGCAACUUGAGAUGAUCAAGGGCAUGCAGAAGUAA